GUAAGGGCGAAGCCCACUUGAGGGGCAGGGUGAAAGUUAGCCGCUCCGGGAUCCUAACUUGGGGAGAGAAGUGAUGGCCCGCGGUGUCACCUCCAACGGCGACACACUCUGGGUCGGCCCUGCGCUCCAGGCCUGAGAGGGGCGGUGGCGGCGGGGUCAGGGGCCGCACAGGAUGAUCCAGCAAUGGAGGAGAAAAUACUGCAAACUGGCUGAUUGCUCGUGAAGAAGAUGUUUUAUUUUUGUGACAGUCAUCUGUGGGAUCUGUAGUAGAAAUAUAAGUGCAGUCUUUUCAAAAACUUACUAUCAUUUUGAACCUUGCCUGUUGAGGAACCAAGGACACAGAAAAAGCAGAUGGCUGGCUGUGGUGAAAUUGAUCACUCAAUAAAUAUGCUUCCUACGAACAGGAAAGCAAAUGAGUCCUGUUCUAAUACUGCACCUUCUCUAACUGUCCCUGAAUGUGCCAUUUGUCUGCAAACAUGUGUUCACCCAGUCAGUCUGCCUUGCAAGCAUGUUUUCUGCUAUCUGUGUGUGAAGGGAGCGUCAUGGCUUGGAAAGCGAUGUGCCCUCUGUCGACAAGAAAUUCCCGAGGAUUUCCUUGAUAAGCCAACCUUAUUGUCACCAGAAGAACUCAAGGCAGCAAGUAGAGGAAAUGGUGAAUAUGCAUGGUAUUAUGAAGGAAGAAAUGGGUGGUGGCAGUAUGAUGAGCGCACUAGUAGAGAGCUGGAAGAUGCUUUUUCCAAAGGUAAAAAGAGCACCGAAAUGUUAAUUGCCGGGUUUCUGUAUGUUGCUGAUCUUGAAAAUAUGGUUCAAUAUAGGAGAAAUGAACAUGGACGUCGCAGGAAGAUUAAGCGGGAUAUAAUAGAUAUACCAAAGAAGGGAGUAGCCGGACUUAGGCUGGACUGUGAUGCUAAUACCGUAAACCUAGCAAGAGAGAGCUCUGCUGAUGGAGCGGACAGUGUAUCAGCACAGAGUGGAGCUUCUGUUCAGCCUCUAGUGUCUUCUUCUGUAAGGCCCCUGACGUCAGUAGAUGGUCAGUUAACAAGCCCUGCAACACCAUCCCCUGAUGCAAGCACUUCUCUGGAAGACUCUUUUGCACAUUUACAACUCGGUGGAGACAGCAUAGCUGAAAGGAGUCAUAGGGGGGAAGGAGAAGAAGAUCAUGAGUCACCAUCUUCAGGCAGGGUACCAGCACCAGACACUUCCAUUGAAGAAACCGAAUCAGAUGCCAGUAGUGAUAGUGAGGAUGGAUCUGCGCUUGUUGCGCAACACUCCUUGACCCAACAGAGACUUUUGGUUCCUAAUCCCAACCAGACAGUAUCUGAUCGAUCUGAUCUAUCAGGAACUGAUCGAUCUGUGGCAGGGGGUGGAACAGUGGGUGUCAGUGUCAGAUCCAGAAGGCCUGAUGGACAGUGCACAGUAACUGAAGUUUAAGUAAAAAAGUUUUCAGAUCCAUGCUCAAGGUAAAAAUGGUUAUCUGUAAAUUUCUGCCCACAUAACAUUAUACUCAUCCCUAGUAGUGCAUUUUGGGAGUUGGGGUGGGAAGGGGUAUGGUAAGGAUAGACCUGUAAUUAAAAUGUCUAACAUGUCUCUGUUGAGAAAUUUAUUUAAUAUAAGGAACUUGGGUGUUAAUAGUUGAGAGCUGUUUAGUAGUAACCCAGUUUUCUUGAGGUCUGUUUAUAGUUUUUUUAAAUAUCUUCAGUUCUUUUGGCCAGCGUGUAUUAUUUGUGCAUUAACGAUCCUCAUCUGACUCUUGCAUUGUCAUAUUUUUCUGCAUGGAAUGACAUAAAACCAUUACUAAAAUUUGGCACCUAUGAGAUGUCUGGGAUCAGUAUGAACAAGCAGCUUAAUUAAUGUGAGCAUAGAUGUGAAUUUGGGGGUUUAAAAUAGAUGAAUAACAACUAUUUAAUAGUAAAGUUACUGAAAUGGAAAUGUAAAGAAAACAGCUUAUAACUUAUGUUUCAGAAUCUUGUCUGUAACACACUUCAUGGCGUUCCCAUAGGCUUUGCAGUCUAGUCCUUGUAGUUUGAGGUGUCUUGAUCCACAUUUUUCUUUUUGAUUACAGACUUUAUAAUUUAAUAAAUACUAGAGUUUAUCAAAAUUAAUCUGUCUCUUGU